AGGGAGAUCAUUAGCCCGUGUAAAUCACGCGUUCACAACCUUUGAAGAAACGAAAAAAAAAAAAAAAAGACAGAACAGAACACGAGAUAUAGGACACUUUCCUUACUUCCUUCAAUUUCAUUAAUCAAACCAAAUUAAACUUGUAUUAGUAUUAUCCUAAUCUCACAUCCCAUUUCCCCAUUUCUCAAUAUCCACUUUCCUCCGCGGUUUCCUACAAUUUGUUUGCUUCUUCUCAUUUGAAUGAUUGGUUUAUCAUCAUCAUAGUUCAAACGACACACAAAUCUGGCUACCCCUGAGGGUUUGAGGCCUCGCUUGUCCUUCAAGCAAGCUCAAAUUGAAUAUCACGACGAAGACGACAACUGCAGGCCUUGGCGUUGCAGGUUUUCCAUGGCUUUCACUUGGGCUUCCGCUCUCAGGAUCACCGUCCUCCUCCUCCUCUCCGCCGCUGUUGUUUUCGCUUUUUUGACUUUACCUGUUGAAAAGUAUUUAAAGGACUUCUUAGUUUGGGUCGAGCAAGAUCUUGGGGCCUGGGGCCCUCUUGUGCUGGCUGUGGCAUACAUUCCUUUGACCAUCUUGGCUGUUCCAGCUUCAGUACUUACUCUAGGUGGUGGUUAUCUUUUCGGGCUGCCCGUGGGAUUUUUGGCUGAUUCUAUUGGUGCUACUCUAGGUGCAGGGGCAGCAUUUUUUCUGGGAAGAACUAUUGGUAAAUCAUAUGUUGUCUCCAAGCUGAAGGACUAUCCUCAAUUUAGUUCAGUGGCAAUUGCUAUCCGGAGAUCUGGAUUUAAGAUUGUUUUGUUGCUUCGGCUUGUACCUUUACUACCAUUCAACAUGUUAAACUACCUCUUAUCUGUGACUCCUGUUCCAAUUGGAGAAUAUAUGCUGGCCUCAUGGUUAGGAAUGAUGCCAAUUACACUUGCUCUAGUAUAUGUUGGAACCACUCUUAAGGAUCUUUCUGAUGUGACACAUGGGUGGAGUGAGUUUUCAAAGACUCGUUGGGCAGUCAUCUUUUUGGGAUUUGUGGUAUCUGUGGUUCUGAUGAUCUGUGUGACAAGAGUAGCUAAAGCUGCACUGGAUAAAGCCUUGGCUGAAAAUGAGGACAUUGACAGCAUUUUAGAGUCACCUGAAGACUUGCCCAUUUCAGCUGAACCUAAUACUGAUCUCAAUCAGCCUCUCUUGAUAAAGAUAGAUCACUCUGAAGAAAAACUUGGGAAUUGAAUAUAUAUUAUUUACUAUUCUGUAAAUACUUGCCUGCCUUUAUUUAGAGGGCCAUGAUUAACAUAUACUUCAUUUUGUGAAUCUUAUUAAUAUUGUACAGAUCUUAAUGUUUAGAAUUAUAGUUUUGAAUGAUAUUAAUUAGUUUUACAGUUAAA